UUUUCCAUAAAAACCUAAAACCCUCUCUUUUCUCUUGUUCUAAAACCUACACCAUCGCGAUUUUCUCCCAUUGUAGUACAGCCGUGAGGCGUGCAGAACUGCCCGAAGGAAGAAACAACCGCCGGUCUGAAGCUUAUACCCCUAGAUUGCAACAGAAGCCCUUUGUCGGAGGUUUCAACUCGUAAGAACAGGAGUGAAGCUUCAGUACAUCAUUGUCCAUGGCUGUAACAGGAAAUGGUUGUGUAUCAAACUCUCUAAAAUUAGUGGAUAUUGAAGGAAAGGGAAGGGGUUUUGUGGCAGCUCAGCCGUUAAAAGGAGGCGAAAUUAUUCUCCGAGAUUCCCCCAUUCUCACGUACUCCGCCUUUCCUUUUAAACCACGACGACAAGGGCUUUGCUCGUCUAACUCUCGAUAUUGUGCUCAAUGCUAUCGGCUUUUGAUCACUGGAGAAGGAACUUUGGCAUGCCCUUCUUGUUCUCAUCCUAAUGAUGCUUUAUUUUGCAGCCCUAAGUGCCAGUCACUGGCAUUUAACUCGACACACACACCAUGGGUGUGUCAAUCUCUUAGAUAUUUAUGGAAUUGUUCUGUACUGGUUGAACAGCAGCCUGAGGACCGUCAGGUCCAAGCUCGUUACUUGGUGGCUGCAUGCAAUCUCGCUAUGAUUUCUCCUUCCUCCUUUCAGACCCUAAUGUCACUGGAUGGAGGCGGGCCCCAGAGUGGACCGAGGGACUCUGAUGCUGCUGCCUUUCUACACACUAUCAUUUCGUCAUUACCUUUUCCCGAGGGAUUAUCUGCUCCAUCUGUAGAAAUCACUGCUGCUCUACUGUCUAAGGAUACGUGCAACGCCUUUGGUCUUAUGGAGCCUUUUUCGGAACAUGGAGACAGAUCUGUGAGAGCUUAUGCUAUUUAUCCCAAUGCAUCAUUCUUUAACCAUGAUUGCCUGCCUAAUGCAUGCCGUUUUGACUAUCUUGAUAGCGGGACUGAGGGAAACACCGAUAUGAUCAUUCGAAUGAUACAUGAUGUUUGUGAAGGGCGUGAAAUUUGUUUGAGUUAUUUUCCUGUCAAACUAAGUUAUCCUGAAAGACAAAAGAGGUUGUUAGAUGAUUAUGGGUUUUCUUGUUUUUGUGAUCGAUGCAAGAUUGAGGCUAGAUGGUCUUCUGAAGAUGAAGAUGGUGAGGAUGAAACCAUGGAAGGGGAAGAUGAUGAAAUGUCAAAUAGGGAAGAUGAUGAAAUGUCAAAUAGGGAAGACGAUGAAAUUCAGCAUGAAGGAGAUGAUGAUUUUCCUCAUGCUUAUUUCUUUAUGAGUUUUGUGUGUGAUAAAGAAAAUUGUGGUGGCACUUUGGCUCCACUACCACCUUCUAAUGUUAAUGUACCUAACGUCAUGGAAUGUAAUGCCUGCUUGAGUUUGACAAAGUUAGAGCUGUAACAUAGUCUGCAGUCUGCAGUCUGCAUGAUGUAAUUCUACUAAGGUAUAAAAUUUUCAUCAAUUUUUGAUCUC